AAAUAUGCAGUGUGUCCAUGAAGUCCUUGUGUAGGAAUAUAGAUCUAUACCUAAUGACCUUGUGUAGGAAUAUGGGUCUAUACCUAAUGUCCUUGUGUAGGAAUAUAGAUCUAUACCUAAUGUCCUUGUGUAGGAAUAUAGAUCUAUACCUAAUGACCUUGUGUAGGAAUAUAGAUCUAUACCUAAUGUCCUUGUGUAGGAAUAUAGAUCUAUACCUAAUGACCUUGUGUAGGAAUAUGGGUCUAUACCUAAUGUCCUUGUGUAGGAAUAUGGGUCUAUACCUAAUGUCCUUGUGUAGGAAUAUGGGUCUAUACCUAAUGUCCUUGUGUAGGAAUAUAGAUCUAUACCUAAUGUCCUUGUGUAGGAAUAUAGAUCUAUACCUAAUGACCUUGUGUAGGAAUAUAGAUCUAUACCUAAUGUCCUUGUGUAGGAAUAUGGGUCUAUACCUAAUGUCCCUGUGUAGGAAUGUGCAGUAUUCAGUAUAA